UAAUCAGUUUGUUUAUUUUUAUUAAAUAAAAUAUUUUGCCUGGAAUGUGCGUGAUAGUUGCAUUAGAGUAUUUACCAACUGACUUUUCGAAAAGGUAGUUACUUUUUGAAGGUAGGUUCCCCAGAGUUGAACUGAUUUGUAAAAAAAAAAAAAAAAAACAUGUCUGCUAAUGCUUAGCUACUCUGCUACCAACAUUCAGAUGUGCUAGCUGAUGUUUUCGUAGCAGGUAGUUGCGCCGUUAAGCUGGUAGUUUUAAUGCGGGGCUACUUCCUGUCGUACCUUUCAAAAUAAAAUCAAGUUGACGUGACAAGCGUCAAUCAGCCAUAGCUGAAUCAAUGAUCGAAGUUUUUAACAAGCAAAUGUUAAAACAGAAAUGAUUUGAAUAUUUACAUAAAUUUACCAUAGUAGUUACUAUAAUAUUAUAAUAGUAGUUGUUAUAUUUAUUUUGUGUUGUGUGGAGUUUCUUAUAAACAAAGAGAAGUAAAUUUUGCAUUACACCUCUUUUAGUAAUGCAGACAGCUUUUAUAAAGUUUGCGUACAUCUUUGUUGUGUUAUGGGGGUUUCACAUAUACAAAAGUAAUUAAAAAUUGUCAGUAAUGAACUGCUUUAAUAGUGAAGACCUGGGAGAUCUCAACCAAACACACUUCCCAGACAAAGACCAUUAGGCAAAAAUACUUUUAUUUAACUUAAAAACAUAUUUUGGCCUACCACAUUGAACUUUUAAUGGAUCUUGAAAGAUAAAAAUAUUUAAAAUGGCUUAGAUGUCAGUUUCAACUCAUCUUUGGAUUAAAAAAUAAAUAAAUGAAGCAUUCCAUUUUGAAAUUAUCUAUGGAUUUCCCUCAUCAUGUGGUACCCCUGGGUAAAAAGUCAUAUCUCUUUAACAAAAACGCCAAUUAAGGUUUUCCUUUUUUUUUUUUUUUUUUUUGAAAGGACCUUCAGUAUACUACUAUCGUAGCGCUUCAUCUUUUAUUUUGAAGGGAACAUAUCCUUACUUCCGCUACGGAUCUGCUGUUUGCAGUAGCUUUGUCCUCCUCCCUCGAACAAACGCCAGCCAGACUGGCGCCGCUAGUAAGCAAAAGAGCGAGAAAGGCUAAACUUUUCUUUUACCGAAGGCAUAUUAGGUUUUUUUUAAACAUCGCCCUUACCUGCAGAUUUCCCCGUCGUCCUCAUUUAUUUGACGGUGAGCCAGUGUUAUCCGAGUUUAUCUUAUAAAUGAAAAUUGAAGAGUUGCAGAAAAGCGCUCAUGCCUUCUGCACGCCACUCAGACUCGACAAAAUUAGGAUUUAUUUGAGGAAUCGCUGUUAUCCUUUUCUAUGUUCUGUAUGAGCGACUUAUGUGUUAAUGUGAUAACAUUAGUGUUGAAUCAAAGUAGGACUUUUGACCCUAGUUAACCCGCUUUGUUGCUGAAAUUAGAUGCUUUACAUUAAAUUUUCUUCUGUGAAGCAUGGAAAGUGUGGAAAGGCAUUUGUGUUUUCAGACUUUACGAUGUGUUCAGUAUUCCUAAAGAUAAAAAUGAGGAUUUCUAAAUAUAAUUUUCCCUAAAAAAAAACAACUAGUAGUUUUAUUUAGACUGAUUACAUUAAAGAAUUGGAGGACGUAGUAAGAAAUUCAGGAUUCCAGCAGGAAAGAGAUGGUCAGGUGGAACACAUCUGACCGUCUAAAAUUGUAAAACUGAACAAUUUAUUCAGUGGUGUAAUUUAUGGGAAAUAUAUCUUUUGUUGUACAAAUUAUCUAUAAUAAAAUUUGCCUAUUUAACAUGUAUUUUUACAUUUGUGCAAACAAAACAAUGUGAAAGACUGUAGACACGUAUGUUGAAUGCAAGUAAUAUAGCAACACAAAAACCUGAGUGUAAUAAAAGUAUGGUAAACUACAGCCUAAUAACUGCUCUGAAAUGACUGUGAAUACAUGUAUUUAGUUACACGUCUCCUCCUCAUAGAUCCUGCCACGUCUCUCCUUGGAGCAUGAGAGACCCGAGGUCACACAGCUAAUAACAAACUUUAUUUAAAAAGGAACGGUUUACUUCCCGAACGUAAAUGUCACCAUUUCACGCUCUGCACCAGAUUAUAGCACAAGCUAAUUCGCAUCUACAGUCUCUCAUCAAUUGCGUCAUUUUUUUCGCCCUGUUUGUGAAAAAGUCCAGAUGACGAUGUGAAGCGCUCGACGCGCGGCCCAGUUGUUUUUCCUCAGGAAGUUGCGGUACAACCUCCCAGCUAAGAUGUCCAUCGCCAGCACACCCACCAGCAACGACGCUUGCCUGAGCAUCGUGCACAGCCUGAUGUGCCACCGGCAGGGCGGCGAGAGUGAGACGUUCGCCAAACGGGCCAUCGAGAGCCUGGUGAAGAAGCUGAAGGAGAAGAAAGACGAGCUGGACUCCCUCAUCACGGCCAUCACUACAAACGGCGCCCACCCGAGCAAGUGCGUGACCAUCCAGAGGACUCUGGAUGGACGACUGCAGGUUGCGGGGCGUAAAGGGUUCCCUCAUGUAAUCUACGCUCGGCUGUGGCGAUGGCCGGACCUGCACAAGAAUGAGCUGAAGCAUGUGAAGUACUGCCAGUUUGCCUUUGACCUGAAGUGCGACAGCGUGUGCGUCAAUCCCUAUCACUAUGAACGAGUGGUGUCUCCUGGCAUAGACCUCUCAGGCCUCACGCUGACCGGCUCCGGACCCAGCUCCUCGCUGAUCGUAAAAGACGAGUACGACUUCGACGCGCCUCCGACUCUCCCCGCUGUCGACGGUGGACACUCUCUCCAGACCAUCCAGCACCCCCCGUCCGGCAGCCGCCCGCCUCAGGCGGAGCCGUACCCGACCCCGAGCCUGCUUCCGCCCGCCGAGGCGUCCACGUCGGUCUCCGCGCAGUCCUUCCCUGCCAUCCCAGCAGGAUCAGGCAGUGCCAGCUCCAACUGGUCCAGGAACAGUGGCUUCCCCCCCAGCGUACCUCACCACACCAAUGGUCAUCUGCAGCACCACCCUCCAAUGCCACAUCCAACACACUACUGGCCGGUGCACAAUGAGCUCGCCUUUCAGCCUCCGAUAUCCAAUCAUCCAGCGCCUGACUACUGGUGCUCCAUUGCUUAUUUCGAGAUGGACGUCCAGGUCGGGGAGACGUUUAAGGUGCCGUCUUCCUGCCCCAUUGUGACGGUGGACGGCUAUGUGGACCCCUCAGGAGGGGACCGGUUCUGUCUGGGCCAGCUCAGUAACGUCCAUCGUACUGAGGCUAUUGAGAGAGCAAGGCUUCACAUCGGUAAAGGAGUCCAGCUGGAGUGCAAAGGAGAGGGAGACGUGUGGGUGCGAUGCCUCAGCGACCACGCAGUAUUUGUCCAGAGUUACUACCUGGACCGAGAGGCGGGCCGAGCCCCGGGAGACGCCGUUCACAAGAUCUACCCCAGCGCGUACAUCAAGGUGUUCGAUCUCCGUCAGUGCCACAGACAGAUGCAGCAGCAGGCCGCCACGGCUCAGGCGGCGGCCGCCGCUCAAGCGGCCGCCGUGGCGGGGAACAUACCUGGUCCUGGAUCAGUCGGAGGAAUCGCUCCGGCUAUCAGUCUCUCUGCCGCCGCCGGCAUCGGGGUCGAUGACCUCCGACGGCUCUGCAUUCUCAGGAUGAGCUUUGUUAAAGGCUGGGGUCCCGACUACCCCCGGCAGAGCAUCAAGGAGACCCCUUGCUGGAUCGAAAUCCACCUGCACCGAGCCCUGCAGCUCCUGGACGAGGUCCUUCACACCAUGCCCAUCGCUGACCCCCAGCCUCUGGACUGAGACCCUCCAGCAGCAGGUCCUCACCCGAACACACACGGCCAGUGACUAGUCUUCCUCAGUGAACUCCAGACUGUAAAAAAAAUUAAAAAAUAUAUAUAUAAAUGUUUUCAGGUGUGUCCGAGGCGUCGCGUUGCACUAAGGCUCCAUCUGUUGCUCACGGCAACAAGAGCCAAAGCCAUCUAUUAAAACUACGUGCUCACGUUUAAUGCAUGGCUUCAACUGUAGGACUUUGUAGAAACUGUACACCGACACGCACAUAAAGGACACCAGCUACUGACGACCUACGACCUCACCGAACCGUCGCGGAGCUGCGUGGGUUUUACCCCAGGACGGCUUCAGACCCGCAGCUGCAGGUGGGACGGUCACGCCGAUCACUUCCUGGCAGCCGGAAGCGUCCGGGACAGGAUGUGGGAGAUCGCCGCAGCAAUCAAAAGAGAGCCGCCGUUAUCUGAUGCAGAGUUUCAGCCGCGGGAGCCGAGACGUGUCUGAACAUGUCCAGGUCAGCUGUUGUCAAACGUUUUGUUUUUGUUUUUUGUUUUUGUGAAGAUAAACUUCUCUGUGCUGGGAAGACGAGUCUCUGUUUCCAUCGUCUCUGUUAAACAAGAUAAGUGACAAAGAGCUGAACUCCUGCUCUGUGCGCACAAAAUCAGUGGCUUGCGAAAGUAUUCAUGUUUAAAAUCGUUGAUUUAAAAUUUUUCUUUUUCUUUUACUUUUUGUUAGGUUACGAUCACAUUUUUAUUUCAUCUGGGUAUUUUGUGUCUUGGAGUAAUGCGAUGUUUUCUACAUUGUUUUUUUUUUUUUAAUUCACAGGAAAAGUUAAACAUUCGUAAUGCAUGUGUAUUAGGACCCCUGAUGAGAUACUUUGACUAGGCCAUUUUAAAACAUGAAUACGCUUUGAUUCCCAUCAGUUUUGCAGUCACUGCUAGAGAUGAGCCUUCCCACAGCAUGAUGAUGCCACCGCCAUGCCUCACAGUGGGGAUGGAGGUUCUCCCACCUCGCGGCCUUUAGGCUGUUGACUCAGUUUGGUUUCGGUUUCACCUGAACAAAGCAACUUCUUUCACAAACAUGGCUCGCUGCAGACUGCGAAAAGGCCUUCUCUUAGUAAUGGCUUUCUUCUUGCCGCUCUUCCUCAUAGACCAGAUUUGUGAAGAGACAGAUUAACUUGUCUGAACUGUGGAUCUCUGCAGAUCAUCCAAAGAGUUUCUCUGAUUAUUGCUCUCCUUGCAGGGCUUCUCUCAUGACGUCGUCGGCCUUGUCCGGGUUUCCAGGUGUCAUCUUUCCAUUUAAAAAAAAAAAAAAAAAAAAUGGAUUGAGCUCUGUUGGAUGGGAAUAUCUUUGGCUGUUUUGUAACCUAAUCCUGCUUUAAGCUUCAUCGCUGAGCCGUUUGCUGCUGCGUUGCUUGGUCGACUUCUGAGGGGGAUUUCAUUAAAACGCGUUGGAGUAAAAAGGGGCUUGAAUGCAAAUGCUUUAAGUCUUCUGAUUUUUAUUUAUUUCCACAGUCAUUAUGCACCACAUUACAUGUGAUCACGAUUAAUUUUAUUGGAGUUUGCGGUCGCAGCAGGAAAAAAUGUGGUGUCGAUACUUUGGCAGGGCUGUAAUUUUCCAGCAGGCAGCCUGUGUCACUCCUGAGUCAAAAUCCCUCAAAAGAACUCCUGACCACAUGUAAACCCGGUACUUCUCACCCUGCCGACUCUUAGUCACGGAUGCAAAUUUUUUUUUUUUUUUUUUUUAAAAAAAGCUUCUGUUUUAUGGCACCCCAGAGAAUCGGCUAUUUACCCUCUCAAUGUGGAAGUGAUGCAAUCAGGAGAGAAGAGACUGAUGUUGAUCUCUCAGUACAAAGAUUGAGGUUUAUCUGUGUUUUUGGUGACCAGAAGUGACAAUUUCUGAGAACAAAAACAGUCUUUUGUAAACAUUAAACAGAGGAAAGUCCAGGAAGUCCUGAUCUUAAUCUGUUUUCAGUCGUAUCUGACACAAAGGUUGGAGGUCCUGACAAAAGCGAGCUGCACUCCUCCUUCAUACUUUAUCCAGGUUUACUGUGUGAAGUUUGACAGAAAAACAAUACGUGGAUUUAUAGCCUGUGCUCAACCUGAGUUACAUUUUUUUUCCCUACUUUUUCUGAUAUGAUUUUUUUUUUUUUUUGUUCAUUUGUAGCACUUUACCUUUGACUAAAGGAGCGAAUAGGUCAGUUCAGAGCAAGUCACAGAUUACAAACAGAACAUUGGAUUCAGAUCGUACAAUAGUCGAACACUAAGCCACCUUUUUCAACAAAAACCCUGAUUGCAUUCAUACUUUUUUCAUUUUUUUUUCUGUUGUCCUCAUAAAUCCAUGUAAAUAUCUUUGGUUUUCAAAUGCAUGUGUGAAUGUAUCCAGGUCAAACACUUUUCCCAUUUAAGUUAUCAAAGUUAAAGUCUGCUGUAGAUCGGUGACGUUGCGCUCAGCAGGAGAGGCACAUGAAGUCACAUCCAGACCAUGUUUGGCUUCUUCUUACUUUAAAUUAAACAUUAAAGCAAACACACCUUUGAUCUGUGCUGAUUAACAUCCACAUUUUACACAGGUUUUGGGGUCUAGCAGUUUAAAAGACGAGCAAGAUGUUACUUCUUUUCGAAGGAAGAUAAAUGAUUUCAUUUAAAAACCUUUUGGCGAAUUUUAGGCUUUUUUUAAUUGUCAAAAUAUCAGUUUAUUUUCAUUUAUCAAGGGCCAAAAAUGCUGCAAUUCGAUGCAUUAAGUGUAAAUAUUUGAUCAUUUAGAUCAUGAUUAAAAAUCUACAUAAACAUGUCAUAAAUGCAUAAUUAAAUGAGGAAAUAAUUCAUUUAAAUACGCAUUAAUAGUUUCACAAAAUAUAUAAUUUUAGCAUACAACAAAUUACAGUUUUAACUGAUUACAAUUUGCUCAAAUUUAAUAUUUAGUGGAAAUGAUCAGUGGCACUUUUGGUCCUGGAUGUCUUCCAUAAUUCGCCGUGUUCCUUCUGACCAGCAGCGUUUUCGGUCACGUCGUUCAGAAAGCCCGUCGCUGUCCAGCCCCGAUUGUUUACCCGGUGGAACUGCAGGAAGCGCCGUGUUUUCUGCUGAAAAUUCAUGCUGAAUUAAAUCCAAAAGUGUGCUUUUUAAAAAGUGGAAAAUAUAUAUAUUUUUUUUUUGUUUUGCUUUUCUUUUUUUUUUUUUUUUUACAUGAUUUGCAGUUAUUGUAGCAGCCGAAAGCCGGCUUGGGUGAGUAAAUGUUGACUACUAUUUCAGAUCUAACUGUACCUGUUUUUCUCAUGUGAGAAAUUAAAUACGGACUGCUUUUCUCCA